AUGAUUCAUCGCAGCAACACAAAACAAAAAAAGGUGGCACCCAAUCUAUUCACCCAACUCCUGACAGUACAUGGAAUCACCCCAGACAAUUACAGACUUCCUCUGGCGUUUGGUCUUCUCCCUGGAAAGCGGCAAGAACACUACACAAACCUACUAGAAGAACUGGAUCGCUUUGGACCUUUCCAUCCAGACACCGCCCUUUGCGAUUAUGAAGCUGGGCUACGGAACAGUGUCACUGCUGUCUGGCCCGGGACUACUCUACGUGGCUGCUACUUCCACUUCAAACAGGCUCUAUGGAGGAACUUCGCUCGCUCCGACCUUGUUCCGGAGUAUCAGGUGGUUGGAUCCUUCCAACGGAUCGGAGCUCUACCUUUCAUCCCUCCUGGUGACGUCCACUACGCAUGGCAGACCCUUAGAGUUAGACCUAUCCUCUCCGCAGAUAUGGAUGUCUUUACAUUAUACUUUGAGUCCACGUGGAUGGGAACACCAAACAGACCUGCUCGCUUCGAUCACCUGUCCUGGAACCAGUACGAUUGCUGUCUAACUGGUCUCCCACGCUCUUUGAACCUUGCAGAAGGAUGA